AUGACACCAAAACAAUUCGAGGACCUGCUUCAAUGGAUUAGUCCCUAUUUGAAGAAAUCGUCUCAACGAAGGAAAGUAAUAACCCCGAGCGAGCGGAUGUGCGUAACUUUACGUUAUUUGUGCACUGAAGAUGCUCAAAUAACCAUAGCAAUGGCCUAUCGAAUAAGUCCCACGUCAAUAAGUCGAAUUAUCAACGAAACUUGCGAAGCUAUUUGGACUGUAAUGCUAAGUAACGAUAUAUUAAAAGUACCUACUACUGAAGACGAGUGGAGACAAAUUGCACACGAUUUUGAAUCAAAAUGGAAUUUUGAUCACUGCGUAGGCGCAAUAGAUGGAAAGCAUGUUGCUAUGCAAACCCCUCAUCGAUCAGGUUCAAUGUUCUUCAAUUAUAAAAAAACGCACUCUAUGGUACUGAAGGCUGUGUGUGAUGCAAAUUACUUGUUUACAAUGGUCGAUAUAGGUGAUACAGGAAGGAACAGCGAUGGUGGGGUAUUCUCCAAUAGUGCUCUUGGCCAGUGUAUUUUAGAAAACCGAUUGCAUUUUCCUCCGGAUGAAGAAAUUGAGCAAACAUCCAUCAAAUUUCCUUAUGUAUUUGUGGAUGACGAGGCUUUUCCUCUGAAAGUGAACAUAAUGAAACCUUAUCCAGCAGCACCAUUGGGAUGCAAAGAACGAAUUUACAACUAUCGAUUAUCAAGGGCGAGGAGAAUAAUAGAAAACUGUUUUGGCAUUGCGGCAUCACGGUUCAGGAUUUUUCGAAGGCCUAUCAUUGCAAAAGUUGAAACUGUUGUGAAAGUAACCAAGGCUGUUGUAGCUUUGCACAACUUUUGUAUGAUAAAAAGACCAAAUCAAGUUGAAUCACUCUAUCGUCCUCCAGGAUACAGUGACAAUGAGACACAAAAUGGAUUUAAACCAGGUGAAUGGAGAUCUUUUGUCACUGACUACACUGGAUUGAUAAACAUUGGAAAGCUUGGCACACAAAACUACACAAGAAAUGCAAAAACUGUUCGAGACAGUUUUAGGGACUACUUCUGUUCUGUAGCUGGUUCUGUACCAUGGCAAAUACAAAUGACAAACAGCACAACAAAUCCUUUUGACCAUCAUUAA